AUGUGGUGCACACCCAUGAAGCCAAAGCAGGAGGAUCACAUGCACAAGGCUGACCUGGGAAAUCGUUGUUCAAAAGGAAAUGAAAAAGGGCACGAAGCUAUCGCUCAAAAAUGCAAUAACAGGACGCAGUGCGCAGUGGUGGCGGGUCCUGAUGUUUUCCCAGACCCCUGUCCAGGAACCUAUAAAUACCUUGAAGUGCAGUAUGAAUGUGUCCCUUACAUUUUUCUUUGUCCCGGACUACUAAGAGGAGUGUAUCAGAGUGAACACUUGUUUGAGUCUGACCACCAGUCUGGGGCAUGGUGCAAAGACCCUCUACAGGCCUCCGACAAGAUUUACUAUAUGCCCUGGACUCCCUACCGAACUGAUACCCUGACUGAGUAUUCAUCCAAAGAUGACUUCAUUGCUGGUAGGCCAACGACGACCUACAAGCUCCCCCACAGGGUUGAUGGCACAGGAUUUGUAGUAUAUGAUGGAGCUUUGUUCUUCAAUAAAGAGCGCACCAGGAACAUAGUCAAGUUUGAUUUACGGACUAGGAUAAAGAGUGGAGAAGCAAUCAUCGCCAAUGCCAAUUAUCAUGAUACUUCCCCUUACCGAUGGGGAGGAAAAUCUGACAUAGACCUCGCAGUGGAUGAAAAUGGCCUGUGGGUAAUCUAUGCAACAGAACAAAACAAUGGGAAAAUUGUCAUUAGUCAGUUGAACCCUUACACCCUACGGAUUGAAGGGACGUGGGAUACUGCCUAUGAUAAAAGGUCAGCUUCUAAUGCAUUUAUGAUUUGUGGGAUUCUGUAUGUGGUCAAAUCUGUGUAUGAGGAUGAUGACAAUGAGGCUACUGGGAAUAAGAUCGACUACAUUUACAACACCGACCAAAGCAAGGAUAGCUUGGUGGAUGUCCCCUUCCCCAAUUCAUACCAGUACAUAGCAGCUGUGGAUUACAAUCCCAGGGACAACUUGCUGUAUGUGUGGAAUAAUUAUCAUGUCGUGAAAUACUCUUUGGAUUUUGGACCUCUGGAUAGUAGAUCAGGGCAGGCGCAUCAUGGGCAAGUUUCCUACAUUUCCCCACCCAUUCACCUUGACUCCGAGCUCGAAAGACCCCCAGUGAGAGGAGUUUCUACCACAGGCCCUGUUGGCAUGGGAAGCACGACCACCAGCACCACCCUCCGGACCACGACGUGGGGCACCGGUAGAAGCACGACCCCCUCAGUGUCCGGAAGAAGAAACCGGAGUACCAGCACCCCUUCUCCAGCUGUGGAGGUGCCAGGAGACAUCACUACACACCUGCCAUCUGCGGCGUCCCAGAUUCCUGCUAUGGAAGAGAGCUGUGAGGCUGUGGAAGCCCGAGAAAUCAUGUGGUUUAAGACCCGUCAAGGGCAAGUAGCGAAACAACCGUGCCCUGCAGGAACUAUAGGUGUAUCAACUUACCUCUGCCUCUCUCCUGGUGGAAUUUGGGACCCCCAAGGACCAGAUCUCAGCAACUGUUCUUCGCCAUGGGUGAAUCAUAUAACACAGAAGUUAAAAUCUGGAGAGACAGCGGCCAACAUUGCUCGGGAGCUGGCCGAGCAGACCAGAAGCCAUCUGCACGCCGGCGACAUCACCUACUCUGUCCGGGCCAUGGACCAGCUGGUGGGGCUCCUGGACGUGCAGCUCCGGAACCUGACCCCGGGGGGAAAGGACAGCGCCGCCCGCAGUUUGAACAAGCUUCAGAAAAGAGAGCGCUCUUGCAGAGCCUAUGUCCAGGCAAUGGUUGAGACAGUUAACAACCUCCUUCAGCCACAAGCUCUGAAUGCGUGGAGAGACCUGACCACAAGUGACCAGCUGCGGGCCGCCACCAUGCUUCUUGACACUGUGGAGGAGAGCGCUUUCGUGCUGGCCGAUAACCUUUUGAAAACGGACAUCGUCAGGGAGAACACAGACAAUAUCCAGUUAGAAGUUGCAAGGCUGAGCACAGAGGGAAACUUAGAAGACCUAAAAUUCCCAGAGAACAUGGCCCAUGGAAGCUCUAUCCAGCUCUCUGCAAAUACUUUAAAGCAAAAUGGUCGAAAUGGAGAGAUCAGAGUGGCCUUUGUUCUCUAUAACAACUUGGGCCCUUAUUUGUCCACGGAGAAUGCCAGUAUGAAGUUGGGAACUGAAGCAAUGUCCACAAACCAUUCUGUUAUUGUCAAUUCACCAGUCAUAACAGCAGCAAUUAACAAAGAAUUCAGCAACAAAGUUUAUUUGGCUGAUCCUGUGGUAUUCACUGUCAAACAUAUCAAGCAGUCAGAGGAAAAUUUCAACCCUAACUGUUCCUUUUGGAGCUAUUCCAAGCGCACCAUGACAGGCUACUGGUCCACACAAGGCUGCCGGCUCCUGACAACCAACAAGACCCACACUACUUGUUCUUGUAACCACCUGACCAACUUUGCAGUUCUGAUGGCUCACGUGGAAGUCAAGAUCGCCUGCGCCGUCUUCGCAGCCCUGCUGCACUUCUUCUUCUUGGCCGCCUUCACGUGGAUGUUCCUGGAGGGCGUGCAGCUCUACAUCAUGCUGGUGGAGGUGUUCGAGAGCGAGCACUCCCGCAGGAAGUACUUCUACCUGGUGGGCUACGGGAUGCCGGCGCUCAUCGUGGCCGUGUCAGCCGCGGUGGACUACAGGAGCUACGGCACGGACAAAGUAUGUUGGCUCCGACUUGACACCUACUUCAUUUGGAGUUUUAUAGGACCAGCGACCUUGAUAAUUAUGCUUAAUGUAAUCUUCCUGGGAAUUGCUUUGUAUAAAAUGUUUCAUCACACGGCCAUACUGAAACCUGAAUCAGGCUGUCUUGAUAAUAUCAAGUCGUGGGUGAUAGGUGCAAUAGCCCUGCUCUGCUUGUUAGGAUUGACCUGGGCCUUUGGACUCAUGUAUAUUAAUGAAAGCACGGUCAUCAUGGCGUAUCUCUUCACCAUUUUCAAUUCUCUACAGGGGAUGUUUAUAUUCAUUUUCCAUUGUGUCCUCCAGAAGAAGGUGCGCAAGGAGUACGGGAAAUGCCUGCGGACACAUUGCUGUAGUGGGAAAAGUACAGAGAGUUCCAUUGGCUCAGGGAAAACAUCCGGUUCUCGAACUCCUGGACGCUACUCUACAGGCUCCCAGAGCCGAAUUCGUAGAAUGUGGAAUGACACAGUAAGAAAACAGUCAGAGUCAUCCUUUAUUACUGGAGAUAUAAACAGUUCAGCAUCACUCAACAGAGAGGGGCUUCUGAACAAUGCCAGGGAUACAAGUGUCAUGGAUACUCUACCACUGAAUGGUAACCAUGGCAAUAGUUACAGCAUUGCCGGUGGCGAAUACCUGAGCAACUGUGUGCAAAUCAUAGACCGAGGCUAUAACCAUACCGAGACCGCCCUAGAGAAAAAGAUUCUGAAGGAACUCACUUCCAACUAUAUCCCUUCUUACCUGAACAACCAUGAGCGCUCCAGUGAGCAGAACCGGAAUCUGAUGAACAAGCUGGUCAACAACCUGGGCGGAGGGGGCGAAGACGACAGCAUCGUGCUGGACGACGCCGCGUCCUUCACCCACGAGGAGGGCCUGGGCCUGGAGCUCAUCCACGAGGAGUCGGACGCGCCCCUGCUGCCCCCGCGCGCGUACCCCACCGAGAACCACCAGCCACACCACUACUCCCGGCGGCGGCUCCCCCAGGACCACAGCGAGAGCUUCUUCCCCUUGCUGAGCAACGAGCACACAGAGGAGCUGCCCUCGCCCCCCAGGGACCCGCUCUGCACCAGCCUGCCGGCCCUGGCCGGGGCGCCCUCCGCCGCCGACGGGGCGCCCGCCUGCGCGCAGCCCGAGCCCCCCGCGGCCCGGGGCGCGGACGCGGAGGACGCCUACUACAAGAGCAUGCCCAACCUGGGCGCCCGCGCGCACGGCGCCCCGCUGCACGCCUACUACCCGCUGGGGCGCGGCAGCAGCGACGGCUUCAUCGCGCCCCCGGGCAAGGACGGCGCGUCCCCCGAGCGCGGCGCGCGGGGCCCUGCGCACCUGGUCACCAGCCUCUGA